CGUGUCUGAGGAUAUGCAGCGGCAUUGACAUCGUACAAGGCUUCCAGCUCAUAUUACGGGCUCGAACGCUAUAAAUGCUUCUGGAUUUCCCGCUUCGACAUGUCUUUUGCACUCUUCAACCACCAAGCUUGUUUUCCAGUCCUCGGCAAAAGUCUUUUCCUGCGUUGCCCAUCCAAGGAUAACCGCCAUCAACUACAAUUCCAGCAACAACAGUCAACUCAUCCUUCAGAAAAAGAAAAAGAACAAAAAAAAAACAUGCAGCUCUCAUAUCUUUAUGCCGCUCUUUUCUUGGCGGUUGGAGCAACCGCCCAAACAUGCACCGGGACUCUCACGUACUGCACUGGUUCAAUUUGCAACUGUUUCUUUGACGGAGCUGCGGAAGAAUUGAACAAGAUUUGCCAAGGAAUGGGAUUUGAAAGAUCACUGGGUCCUUCUCGAACCACAACUGGAGGUGAUUCUCGCUGCGAUCACCAGUGCUGCAACGGUUAAGCUGGAGGGGGCAACUUUUCGUCUUGGAUUUGGCGCCUUUCUUACUCAGUACUACUUUGGGUUUCUGUUUCUGUUUGGGGAGGGGAUACAUCUGCAGGAGACUCGGGAAUGAUGUUUUUGGGUUUAUCUAUAGAGAAAUCGAAGAUCUUGUUGUAGAAGUCAAGAUACAAACACACACACACACACACACACACACAA